AUUUACUGCGUGUGUUCUCAUAUCGACAGCUCCACCUAUGCAUAUGGUGGAUUUCAAAAUGAUAUAACGCUGUUUCUGGUAUAUCGCUGAGGGAGUUUAUUUAGGUUGCAGCAAGAAACGAGGGGCUUGAAUACUCCAUGACAUCAUCGACUUUCUCAAGUUCAUUUUGUCCCCAGCUCGUGCUUUCAUCUGUUGCAUUUCAUUUGUGAAGCAGUGGGUGCAUUUCAGAGUUGAAGGAAGAGGCCUGCCAUUGCAGGCUCUAUCACCGCAGCGUAUUUCCUGUCAGCCAUGAUGUCGGUUCAAACUCCUCCUCUAUCCCGCUCUGGCUCCUCCCCCUCGAAUGUGGGAAUGGCCAAUCGCAGCGGCCCCUCCUCAGCUCCUCCCACCUCCCUCAGCCUUCGCUCAUCAUACAACCAGUUGCUUGGGCGAGACGUCAUCAAGGAGUCCAUGGAAACAGGGAGUUCGGCCACCUUGCCAAAGAGCCGUCAGAGGCACACGAUGACGAGUGUGCGCAGCGCUAUGGGGAUAAGUGACAAUUUAUCCUCUAAAAAUCAACCUGUAACCAGAGGGAGGGGGCUCCCCACCAAGUCCUCCUCCAGUUCUGCACUCUACUCCUCAUCGUCCUCGAUGUUUAACACAACCAACCCCAAACUGGCCAAGAAUGGGGCCAACAUGCAGAGACGAGCUGAGAGUCAGCAGCAGGAGCUGAGCAGGGCCAAUACAGAGGAAAAGAUUCACAACGAUCUCCUCAAUAAUCCCAGCUCUGACUGGCUGGAGUCGGGAAAAGACAAUUCACAGCUGCCCCCGUUCCGUAGAAGGACCAAGAGCUUCUUGGACUAUCAUGGGAAGGGCUGGGAUCUGGACCACAGUUGGGGAAACAAAGAGGACAACGAGGAGAAGAAGGAGCAGCCUUCCCCAGAGAACAAGCAGCAGCCUUCCCCAGAGAAGGAGCAGGCCAGCCCUGCCAAGGAGAGGGAGAGCCAGAAGGAGGAGAAGCCCGGCAGCAAGCAGACCUUCCAGGAAGAGGUGGUGCCAGUGGUGGAGGAAGAGGAGGAGGAGGAGGAUGAACCCACACCUGCACCAAGGCCGCCCCUGCUACCGGUGCUUUUGGAAGCUCCUCUCUCCCCCACGUCCUCCUCUUCCAACGACAGCCCAGAGUGGGUCCCAGACAACCAAAACCUCCUCCAGAGCCGUGCUCCAGCCCAGGUCCGAGAGGAGCUGUGUGCCCAGGUUCAGGUCAGUCCAUGCAGUCCUGCAAAGCCCCCUCGGAGCUCCCAGCCUCGGAUCAUCAAGGUUGAGCUGCACCCCAACAAUGAGAACCAGUUCCUGCAACAGUACCCGCCUUCCUCCCCUAAGCAGGCCCGGGCUGCAGAGAGGAGCACCCCCACCAAGACCCGGGCGCCCCCUGCCCUGACAGACCCUCAAGCAGAGACUGCGCUCCCUAAAGUGGGCUUAAGAAUGGAUCUGACUCCUGAAAGUCCUUCAGAGGAUGAAGACUCCAGCUGGACCACCCUGUCCCAGGAGACGCCCUCUCCUCAGACUCCACGGGAGACAGCAGAUGUAUGGAGCGAGGGGGACCUGCCCCCAGGCUGGCGGGAGAUCUCAGACUCAUCAGAGAUCUAUUUCUGGCACAUCCCCACCGGCACCACGCAAUACCACCGACCUGUUGCCUCCAGCGACGAGCAGACCUCUCCUAGCAAUGAGCCAGACACUGAGCACGGCCCCCCACAGGAAGAGCAGGACUCCCCGAAGCCCCCCAACGAGCGCCCCAGCAGUCUGAUAUCUGGCAGCUCGGUGGAGCCGGUGCCCUCCCCCUCUGGCUCCUCCCCCUCCUCCUGCUCCUCCACCCCCUACGAUGAUGUCAUCUCAUCUGGACCAAAUCUCAACAUCACCUCCUGCGCAGCCAGUGAGCUGAAGGACUAUCCAGUCUAUCCAGAUCCCAGUCUGAAGGCGUUUCAAGGGGCUACCCUCCGCUAUGCUUCACUUAAUAUCAACGCCCCAGCCCAGCUGGAGACAGUGGACCUCAACAACACCUUCUCCGAUCCCGAGGCAAUGUCCUUUCCGGUCCGCUCUCUGGGCUGGAUGGAGAUGGCAGAGCAGGACCUGUGCGAUGGCAGGAGCAGUGUGGCCGUGCACCACUGUAUCAGGCAGCUGUCCUACUGCAGGAGAGACAUACGGGACUCCGCCGGCGUCUGGGGGGAGGGUAAAGGGAUGCUGCUGGUGCUUCAGGACCGCAUGUUGACGCUCGUUGACCCUGAUGAUCACAGCUUGCUCCACUCUCAGCCAAUCAUUAGCAUCCGUGUCUGGGGCGUGGGCCGGGACCACGACAGAGAAAGGGACUUUGCCUACGUGGCGAGAGACAAAAACACGCGGGUGCUGAAGUGCCACGUGUUCAGAUGUGAUACUCCUGCCGCAGCCAUCGCCACAAGUCUCCACGAAAUCUGCUCCAAGAUUAUGGCUGAAAGGAAAAGUGCCAAGGCUGCAGCUGGCAGCUCCUCCCAGACCGGCUCCGAUGUACCCUUACAAGAGUUUCCCUUGCCAAAGACUGAGUUGGUGCAGAAGUUCCAUGUGCUGUACAUGGGGAUGACGACUGUGUCUCGCCCCAUAGGGAUGGACGUCAUAAAUGGAGCCUUAGAAAACCUCCUGUCCUCCACAGGCAAAGAGGACUGGACUCCAGUCACAUUGAGUAUUGCUGACACGACUAUGGCUGUCAUCAAAGAAAAAAAGGAGGAGGAAGAGGAGGUGUUGGUGGAGUGUCGAGUCCGUUUCCUGUCCUUCAUGGGCGUGGGACGAGAUGUGCACUCGUUCGCCUUUGUUAUGGACACUGGGAGCCAGCAUUUCCAGUGCCAUGCAUUCUGGUGCGAACCCAAUGCAGGCCAUGUGUCUGAGGCUGUGCAGGCAGCAUGCGUACUGCGGUAUCAGAAGUGUCUGGUGGCUCGGCCGCCCCCCCAACGCGCCGGCUCCUCCUCCUCCUCCUCCUCCUCGCCCUCUGCGGACUCAGUGACCCGCCGGGUGACCACCAGCGUGAAGCGGGGCGUCCUGUCUCUCAUAGACACUCUGAAAACCAAGAAACAGCCCUCAGAACUCCCCCAGCAAUGACCGUCACCGUGGCAACUGCACACCUGGACGCCACUCACACACUGUCGCCACGACAACACCUAAUCAGUACCAGCCAUGGUAACCAACGAUGUACAUACAUGUUAACAAACACCACCGCAGGUGAAGGAGAAGAACAAUCCUUUAGUCCGCCUGAUGAUAUUUAAAAAAAAUUACAAGAAAACUCCUGAUUCGUGAGGAGGAAUUAAAAAGCUGGUGUCAGUGAUUGACCUUUGACCUUUGAACGCUGCUGUGUCUAUGUGUAAACCACCUGCUGGCUUCAUAUGCCCUCACUGUAUGUGGAUUUGGUGAUGGAAGACUAAUUAAAACAUUCUACAAACACGGAUCAGGAUUAGAAAAUAAGAAAAAGAUAACAUUUCUAUUAAGAAAAGGUUUAUGGAACCACUCAUCGGUGCCCUCCAUUUUCUUUCGUGCUACGCCUCUUAAUGUAAAAACAUCCAUCAGCACAUUAAGAGCAUUCGACUGGACGCCUGAGACACCAAACUACGGGAGCCUUCUAGGACAGAAAAGAUGUCGACUUGCUGUCUAGGGAUUUUAAAAGAAAAAAAGAAACCAAGACCUGCCAACACGCUCCAUUCCACCAAACGGCAUUCAAAUGUGUGUCCCUUCGAUGUGUGGCAGACUUAAAACACACAUCCCCGCGAGGAUGAUUGAAAUGAUUGUAAUAAUGAAGUGUAUGUAAAUGAUUGUAUGUAGGAAGAGAACAUUUAGGGCCCAACAUUUGUAGAUAUGAGGGACAGAUGAGAUGUUGCUGACAGGAAAUGAGACAGAUGUGGGUUUUGAUUUUGCAUGUUUUAUGUUUAAUGAGUUAAAAAAGGUCUCGUAAGAAGAGUGGUAAACACACGAUGCUCUUAGCACAAGUCAUCUUAAUUUGAUCAUGACUGGAUUUUUUAUUUGGCCUUUUUCUGACCCAUACCUGAGUAAAAGGUUACUCUCAGCUCAAUUUACAGAAUCACAUUUAAAGAUUGUAAGUCAACACGUUUUGCUUUCCAUUACUGAUGGAUACAUAGAUCAGCAAACCAAAUGUAAUCAUUUGUAAUGUAUUUUGAAGCUUUUAAUUAGUUAAGAUUGUAAGUUUUUGAAUCAAUUAUAAAGAAAGUAAGUUUUUAAUGUUCAAGAAUGUUACAUUGCUUUGUCAAACUUAACAUUUCCUCAGGAAUCUUUAUGCAUACACCUAAGACUUACAGUAUGUGGUAGUAGGAAAAUCCAGAUCAAUUGACUUAGGCAGACGUGUGACAGUUAUCAAAGCUUUGCCAAGGGUAAUCUGUGUAAGGGUUAACUUUAUUCUCUCUUCCUCUGUAAAUCCAGCCAGUCUACUCCCACUCACAAAGAACAAACACACAUGCGCACAUACAGCAGUAGGAGAAAGAGUCUGCUGUCACACUGCUUCUGUAGCUCGUGGCUACAAUCUGCACUCCACAUGAACUCUGGGAAUGCAGUUCGAUCUGAAUGGAAAAGACACACACAAAGAGAAAGAUGCUCUAAUCAUUUCAGUUCUGUUCUUCACUCAUCUCGACACCAUGUAAAUGUAAUCUGUUGUGACAAUAAAUGCAUUACCAAAAAAAAAA